UCACACUGUUCGAAGCCGACUUGUGUAAUAAAAACAAGACAAAAUUUUAAUAAAUUCUCGUAGAUGUGAUUAAAUACCGAUUGAAAUCACAGAGUUCGUAAUUCACCAGGAGACGUGAAAAGAAGCAGAGGAGAGCAAACCAAUGAACCCCAGGAAAACGGUCUUAUUGACCAGAGUCCGUGCCACCAGCUGCUGCUCGAGGAUUUGAGACUGUCUCCGCGUAAACCAUCAUGUUGCCUGCCAUCGUUUUCCGCCAGGUGCAGCGCCCCCUGCACCAUGGAGCUGCCACUCUGGAGCACGUCCUGGGAGUGGGCGGCAGCAGCUUCGUGAACUGCCUGAAUCGCUACGCCGCUGCCACCGGGUUCAUUCGCAUAUCGUUCCUGGAUAUUAAACAACGAAGAAACUGGGAGUUGGCCCGCCUGCGCCUCUAUGCCGACGCCAAGAAGCAGUCGUUGCACCAACGUACAGUAGAGGGUCGGCACCUGCUGCAGGGCGUCAUCGAUCGACAGCGUGCCGAGCUAAUCGAACGCAAGAACUUCCUGGUAGACGACAUCCGUGAGGCGCGACACAAGGUCCAGGAGCGAGUGCGCGAAAAGAUCGAUGAGAUUCGCGAGGAGCGCGAGAAUAUCAUGACCAUACCCAACAUGCUGACCAUUAGCAGGGCCAUCCUAUCGCCCUACAUCGGCUAUGUGAUUGUCCAGGGAGACUUUACGCUUGGAAUGAGCCUGCUGGCCAUUGCCGGAGUAUCAGAUCUGCUGGACGGACAGAUCGCCCGCCGAUGGCCCUCGCAAGCGAGCAAAGCGGGCUCCUUUCUGGAUCCCAUGGCCGACAAACUGCUAAUGGGCUCGCUGGUGAUUGCCCUCUGUUACACGGAUCUAAUCCCCAUGUGGCUCACCGGCAUUGUAGUCUUCCGGGAUGUGUUCCUCUUGGCAGCUGGUUUUGUCAUACGCUACAUAAGUCUGCCACCGCCGAAAACCUUUUCGCGAUACUUUGACGCCACCCAUGUGACAGCUCAACUGGAGCCCACACUGCUCAGCAAGAUCAACACGGGUGUGCAACUGGCCACCAUUGGCCUGAGUUUGGGAGCUCCCAUUUGGAACUAUUUGGAUCAUCCCGCCUUGCAUGGCCUUUGGUAUCUGACAGGCCUGACAACGGCUGCCACUGCCCUCAGCUACGUUAUGAAUCGGCAUAAUACCUUUAAGAUUAUCCAGAAAAAGACGUAGAACCGGGCAUUUCCGUUAUAUCUGAAUGCGAUAUGGGAUGGGAGUAGUAUCUCCCUUUGCAAUGAUUAGUAUGUAUUGUGUUUUCUACAUGAGUACCAUCUAAAAAAUAAAACAUAUUUUGUUAAUAAAGUA